GGUCCACACUUCUGUUUAUUUAUAAGUGUAUCAGUUGACUGUCACCUUCACUUUGAUGUGGAAGUCACAAACUGGAGAAUGUCCGCUCCUUUUGCUAAUCUCACAGCGAGUAUCGCACAUUCGAGCCCGCGGAUUGAAGAAAGUGUGCGCGAUGGUCCUAGUUCCAGUCAACCCAGUGAACUAACCGUAAAAAACAGCGUUGGUACGGAAGCAGAGACUGUUGUACCUGCGGAAAUCAGUGCACCUACUGAGAAGAGCGAUUCUGUGGUGCCGAUGAUUGGAUCUGCUAUUGUGGUUCCUUUAGCAGCAGUACCUGCGGUUAGUAUGUCCAGAGGAGUCGAAGAUGAAUUACCAGCCACAGCUGAGAGUAUUAUACCCAAUGUUAAUACGGGCCGUAAAGACACGAUAGAGGAGAGCAAGGCACCGGUGGAGAACUCACCAAAUAUAGAUACGAUUAGCACAGCCAUUGCAAAGACGGACAGCCAGCCCAAGACAAGUAUCGACACUAAAACAAACGCAGACAUAGGCAGCACAUCUAACACCAACACCUGUGGCUCUACACAGCCGGAGAAAAGCCAGAACUCUAGUGCUAGCGACGAAACAGAUACACAGAAUAGUGGAUCUACAGACGUGCCUGUGUUGGAGAAUGUACCACCGACCACGACGAACCGCAACACUGGUGCGACGCGAUCGCCUACGCCACCGACAACAGCCAAAGCUUUACCAUAUGUCGAGAGUGCCGAGGAUGCGGCCAAGUUCAAAAAGAGCUGCGACAAUCUGACCCGGAAGUUCAAAAGCGAGUCCAAGGUCCUGAACACGGAGGUCAGGACCAUUCUGUCCUGGCACUUUGAGAGGCUAGUGGUGGGCAAGCAGUGGAAGGGUGUGAAAGAGUUUUUGAGCAUGUGGAAAGAUCAGGUGCCCGUCGAUGAGACCUACCUGCUAAUUGCACACAUCACAUGCGCGCUCAGCAACAAGGACGAUGUUGUCGCCAGAGCCAAUCUGCUACAGACUAUCGAUGCAUUGGAAGUUCUGUACCAAAUCGCAUCGAACGCCAAGACAUCCAGGAAGGCGUACGAGCGCAUGAUCCGAAGUGUCAAACUACAGAAAAUCGUACAGAUGCGCAUCGACGCGGUUACAGUCCCCGGGACCAAGCACACUCAACUGCUGGAGAAUAUGAGGCACGCGAUAGACGAGUUCUUCCCAGAGGACGAUGCUGCGGCCCAAACAACUCGUAAACGUGCACUGGCGAUCACCCAUGAGAGCUCAAGUGCAUUUGAAGAGUACUUUAGCGAGACGGCCGAGACAGACCUCAUCAUCGCAACGCAGCAGGCCAUGGCGUUUGCGACGUCGGUGGUAGCUGCUCUCGAACCUUACCACCUCCGCAAGCUGAGCGAUAAGUUCACCGAAGUGCUAACCGCCAGAAAGCGCGCAGCUGAGGAUAACUCCCAGACAGGGACAGCGAGUAAGCGUGCGCGCCAGGACGCGAACCCAGCGAUAAACAUCAGUUGAAAAAGCACACCAGUUGAGGAGGCUAUGCACAGUUUCCUAUUGCGGUUGAUGAUAUGGUUCGCUGAGAACAAAGGACGGCGUGGGCGGACCUCUGCGCAUUGUCGUCUACGCGAGACUAUAAUAUUUAUUUGGGGGUGAGGUGACCAGUGGCUCUACAGACACCUCAAACCCAGCAAGCUAUACAGUAUAAGUGAGUCCUAUUCUGAGAGAAUGGGUGCAUUCUCACGCUUGCACAGGACACAAUGAAAUCCAGCAAGCUAGACAGUUCCUUAACCCAUAGCAGGCUGUCGGUAUACCUCCUACGGCCUUGGCAGGCGUUAGCAAUGCGUUUACCACCUGAGAAAGAAAGGGGCAAUACGGGUCAUGCUGGUCUCUGCUGCAGAUGGGGUAGAUUGGGGGUUGUGUAUUGAUUACUUGAGGACGACGUAUCGGUCAACUGCGGGGGAGCCUGUCCGUCUAAGCCCUGCGUAGUUCGCUGGGACACCCGGUUGAGUGCGUACUAUGGUCAGGUAGCUCACGGCCUGACGGUAUCUUCAUAUUAGCUCAGCAUAGCUGGACUACUUUCCACUCCAGCGAUUGCACUGGUCAAUGCACUUGCCUACCCGGAAGUACAUUCACCUACGUUCAUUCUGUACAGCUAGUUCGAGUGCUGUCUGUGUAGGUACAUACCCU